GGCGCGGGAGUGCCACAGUCGGAACAAAAAGUCCCCUAUUUAACAAAGCCUUCGGUAACGCUGUUUAGCCUCCCACCGUGCGUCGCAACGCUAAGCUAAGCUAAGCUAAACUAGCAACGGCGGUUAACCGUCCACCACCACAUUUGACCCUGUGUGUGCCAUGAUGAACUAGUCAUCCGGGCUGUGUGUAUGGAAGAUGGCGACACUCAUCAUCCCCGGUGAAUGGUUCAAAAACUGGGACAAAUCGGGAAAACACGAAUUUGUACAACUCUGCAAGGAACGUACAGAGAAAACAGAUCAUGGAAGUGAGGUUAAAGCAGAUGUACAAGCUGCCUUAUAUGAGCUCUGCUGGCAAGUUGUACGAGGGAACCUGAAGUUGGACCAUGUAGCCAGCGUCCUUGGGGACAUGAUGGAACUCCGAGAUGACAUGCCAUCAAUUUUAGCAGAUGUCUUCAGUAUACUAGAUUCGGAAACUGGUGCACUGGAAGAGAAAAACAAGCGUGAUAAUUACACACAGCUGGUCGGAGCGUGUUUGUUUUUUAUUCCAGAUGCUAUCCUGAAGGAGAGGUUGGAUCCAGAAACCCUUGAAUCUCUUGGACUCAUAAAACAAGCCCUUCAGUUCAAUCAGAAGAUUGUAAAAAUCAAGACUAAACUCUUUUACAAGCAACAGAAGUUUAACUUGCUAAGGGAAGAGAAUGAAGGCUAUGCCAAACUUAUCACAGAGCUUGGCCAAGACCUCUCAGGCAACAUCACCAGCCAUUCUGUCCUCGAAAACAUCAAGUCCCUCAUAGGAUGUUUCAACUUGGAUCCUAAUCGUGUUUUGGACAUAAUCCUGGAGGUGUAUCAGAGUCGAUCUGAUCAAGAUGAGUUCUUCCUAGCUCUCAUCAAGUCCUACAUGUGUGAGCCCCUCACAUUGUGCCACAUCUUGGGCUUUAAGUUCAAAUUUUAUCAGGAGCCCAAUGAGGAAACCCCUAAGUCCCUUUACCACAUUGCUGCUGCUCUGCUUCACCACAACUUGAUAGAGCUGGAGGAUCUAUAUGUGCAUCUUAUGCCCGUGGAUGCCACCAUCAUAGAAGAACACAAACGAGUCAUCUCAGACGCUAAGCAGAUUGCCCGCAAGUUGGUCAUGGUUGUGUUGCCCUCAGAGAAGAGUGAAGACAAAGAAAAGGAGAAAGAGAAGGAAGAGGACAAAAAUGAGAAGCCACCUGAUAACCAGAAGCUUGGUCUUUUGGAAGCACUACUCAGAAUUGGAGACUGGCAACACGCCCAGAGUAUUAUGGACCAGAUGCCUUCAUUCUAUGCUACAUCUCACAGGGCCAUUGCACUGGCACUAUGCCAGCUUCUGCACCUAACUGUGGAACCUCUUUACAGAAGGGCUGGUGUCCCAAAAGGAGCUAGGGGAUGUGUAAUGCACCCACUGAGGAACAAGCAAGCCCCUAGGCCUGCAGAGAGCUUUGAGGACCUUCGCAGGGACACGUUCAGUAUGCUCUGUUACCUGGGACCUCACCUCUCCCAUGACCCUAUCCUCUUUGCCAAAAUUGUGCGCCUGGGCAAGGGCUUCAUGAAAGAGUACCAAAAUGAUGCCAGGUCAGAUGUCAAAGAAAAGGAAAUACUACUGAGUUGUUUCCUGUGCAUUGCAGACCAGGUGCUACUCCCUUCACUCUCCCUCAUGGAGUGCAAUGCUUGCAUGUCUGAGGAAUUGUGGGGGCUCUUCAAACUGUUUCCUUACCAGCACAGGUACCGGUUGUAUGGACAAUGGAAGAAUGAGACAUAUUCCAGUCAUCCACUUCUGGUUAAAGUCAAAGCUCAGACUGUGGAAAGGGCCAGAUACAUUAUGAAGCGAUUGACCAAAGAGAAUGUGAAACAAUCUGGAAGACAGAUUGGCAAGCUGAGCCAUAGCAAUCCUACCAUCCUCUUUGAUUAUAUGCUCUCUCAGAUCCAGUGGUACGACAACCUCAUUGUUCCAGUGGUGGACUCAUUGAAAUACCUCACAUCCCUCAACUAUGAUGUCUUGGCUUAUUGCAUAAUCGAAGCUCUAGCCAAUCCAGAGAAGGAGAAGAUGAAACACGAUGACACUACCAUCUCCUCAUGGCUCCAGAGUCUGGCAAGUCUGUGUGGAGCUGUGUUCAGAAAAUACCCAAUUGAAUUGGCUGGCCUUCUUCAGUAUGUCACUAACCAGCUAAAGGCAGGCAAGAGUUUUGACCUGCUUAUCCUAAAAGAGGUUGUGCAGAAAAUGGCCGGCAUCGAGAUCACAGAUGAGAUGACCUCAGAGCAGUUAGAGGCCAUGACCGGAGGGGAGCAACUUAAAGCUGAGGGUGGCUAUUUUGGCCAGAUCAGGAACACUAAGAAGUCAUCACAGCGUCUGAAGGAUGCCCUACUGGACCACGAACUGGCCUUACCACUGUGUCUACUCAUGGCCCAGCAACGGAACGGUGUGGUUUUCUUAGAAGGUGGAGAAAAGCACCUCAAACUUGUUGGCCAUCUCUACGAUCAGUGUCAUGACACAUUGGUCCAGUUUGGUGGCUUUCUGGCCUCCAACCUCAGCACAGAGGACUACAUCAAGCGUGUUCCCUCUAUUGACAUCCUCUGUAACCAGUUCCACGCUCCACAUGAUGCUGCGUUUUUCCUGUCUCGGCCAAUGUAUGCCCAUCAGAUUUUGUCCAAGUACGAUGAGCUGAAGAAAGCAGAGAAAGGUAACCGGCAGCAGCAGAAGGUGCAUAAGUAUGUUGCAGCCUGUGAACAGGUGAUGACUCCAGUGCACGAGGCUGUGGUGUCUCUCCAUUCUACCAGGGUCUGGGAUGAUCUCCGCCCUCAAUUCUAUGCCACCUUCUGGUCCCUCACCAUGUACGACCUGGCUGUGCCUCAUUCUGCCUAUGAACGUGAGGUCAACAAACUGAAAGUCCAGAUCAAAGCCAUCGAAGACAACCAAGAGAUACCCAUGAAUAAGAAAAAGAAGGAGAAGGAACGCUGUACUGCCCUGCAGGAGAAACUGCAGGAGGAAGAGAAAAAACAGUUGGAGCAUGUACAAAGGGUUCUGUACCGCCUCAAACUGGAGAAGGACAACUGGUUGUUGGCCAAAUCCACAAAGAAUGAGACUAUUACAAAGUUCCUGCAGCUCUGUUUGUUCCCACGCUGCAUCUUCUCUUCCAUCGAUGCUGUUUACUGCGCCCGCUUUGUCGAACUGGUCCAUCAGCAAAAGACGCCCAACUUCUGCACUCUUUUGUGCUAUGACAGGGUUUUCUCUGCUAUCAUAUACACUGUGGCCAGCUGUACGGAGAAUGAGUCUCACCGCUACGGACGUUUCCUCUGCUGCAUGCUGGAGACGGUGACCCGUUGGCACAGCGACCGCGCAAUCUAUGAGAAGGAAUGUGUGAACUACCCAGGCUUCCUGACUAUCUUCAGAUCAUCAGGCUUUGAUGGAGGAAACAAAGCAGAUCAGCUCGACUAUGUGAACUUCCGGCAUGUGGUGCACAAAUGGCACUACAUGCUGACUAAAGCUUCUGUUCACUGCCUGGAGACUGGGGAUUACACGCACAUCCGAAAUAUUCUCAUUGUGCUUACCAAGAUCCUCCCCUGCUACCCCAAGGUUCUGAACUUGGGUCAAGCGCUUGAGUGCCGCGUCCACAAGAUCUGCCUCGAGGAGAAGGACAAGAGACCCGACCUCUAUGCCUUGGCAAUGGGUUAUUCAGGUCGGUUGAAAAGCCAGAAGGUGCACAUGGUCCCUGAGAAUGAAUUUCACGACAAGGAGCAGCCAGCACGCAGUGCCACCCCUGCCAGUCAACAGAACGGCCCCGGCAACAUGGGCAAGCCUGCCGCCAGCACGAGCAAGACUGAGGAGGGGACGUCAGAGGAUGGUGAUCGGGGAAAGGACAAAUCUCAGGGCACCACGAAGCCAGUGAAUAAAGCCAACAGUGCAGCAGCCAAAGUCACCACCAGCAACGGGAACGGUGCUCUCAACAGCACCAAAGCCAGUAAAGAACGGGAUGACAAAGAGAAGAGUGGGAAAGAAAAAAAAGAGAAAAAGGAAAAGACGCCAGGCAGCACCCCUGAGGCCAAGGGUGACAACCGUCGGGAGAAGCAAAGAGAUGAGAGGGCUGGAAAAGAUGAGCGGUUGGUACGUGAGGGUAAGGAGAAGACCCCCAAGGCAGACAGGGAGAAAGCAAAGGUCGAGGAGAAGAGCAGCAAAGAUGACAAGGCCAAAGCCGGCAAUGGGGAGCCGAUGGAGCCAUCCAGGGAGCGCGAUGCCAUCAAGGAGUCCAAGAGCAAGGAGAAGGGAGACAGAAGUACAGUGGCCGGAUCCAUCAAGUCAACAAUUCCCAGAGCGGAGUCAGCAGAGUCUGAGAGGGAUCACAAAAGACGAAAGCUCGACAGUCACGCUUCUCCAUCCCACUCCUCGACACUUAAGGACAAUAGCAACGAACCCAAGGAGCCCACAUCCAAGCAUCACAUCACCUACAAUUCAGUAGCCCGAUCCAAGAGCAGAGAGAGGGAGACGGAGAAGAAAGAUUCAGAGAACGCACGGGGCCGAUCUAAAGAGAAGAAGGAAGAAAAGGAUCGGAAAGAAAGGAAACGAGAUCAUAUAGUCAGUGACCGUGACACAAGCCAAGAGUCCAAACGUAGAAAGGAUGAGAAUGGCACCAAUUCCUCAAAAAACAGCAAGAGCACAAGUCCUUCCUGUGACUCGCCACUUUCAGGUGAAAAGGAGAAGAGCAAAAGAUCCAAAUCUUCCAGUAAAGAGAAGACUGUGUCUGUGAAACCUGAGCGAACGUCUUCUGGUGGUAAAAAGGAGUCCAGACAUGAUAAAGAGAAAUCUGAGAAGAAGGAGAAGAGGGAAAGCAGUGGAGGAAAGGAAGAGAAAAAGCACCAUAAAUCGUCUGACAAGCACAGAUAAUGUGCACUCGAUAAAUCUAAUCUGUUAAGCAGAACUGGAGAAGGUGUGCUUUUAUCUGCCAACAUCAGCUGUACUACGUUAACUCAGACUCUCAUUUCUGCCUGUUUUUCUGUAAACUCCCUGCCCUUGUGUUGUUGUCUGUCGUUACUUAAAAUAGUUACUUUCCACCUCAGUACACAGUUAAUCAGCUACAAUGAAUAUUUUGUCUUUUUCUUUUUCUUAUUAUUCAAUAUGGGUUCAAUGUGUUGCUCUGUUCAUGGAUAUUUUUCUCUAAUUGGAAAUGUGGCUAUGUAUGAAAUGUCUGGAAGGGAUCUGGUCAUAGAUUCAAUUAUCUUAUGCUUGAAAUUUUGUAAUUCUUUUUUGGUAUAUGUUGUCAGGCUUUGCUCUUUGCUUGUUUUAUUGGAGUUAACAUGCUUUCCAUACUCACUUACCUCAUAUUCUUUUGAGACGCGCAGAUAAAUAUUUAUUUAUCUCCACCUUUUAAUCUGAGUGAGCCAGCAGGCACAAGUGAGGAAAAUUAUACAAAGGACCAGUUUGUAUAUUAUGUACAAUAAUAAAGAGGGUAACAUGAAAUUCACAUGUUAUUUCUUUUUUGUUUUGUUUUCCUUUAUAGAUGUCACUUACAGUCCUUUUCGUGAUUUUGUGUCAAUCCGGUUUUUACAUAAUUUAUAAAAAGCCUGUUCAACCUUCUCAUGUAGAGUUGAAAAAAAAAAAAACAGACCAAAAAAACAAACACACACACACACACACACACACUCUGUACUCCAAAUGCAACUGUUUAAUUGACUUUUGGAGAUUUUAUCUGCUGUACUCAAUGAGUGUAAGCUUUUUUUUAAAAAAACAAAAACCAAUAAAUAAUAGUUUUCCUAG